CAGUAAAAGUGCUGUUUAGAAUCUGAUUGAGAUUUCAGUUCGCUGGGAGACGAUCGCCGAACGAGACCGUAGCUGAAUUUUCAUGUCGUGCUGUGGCUAGACAUUAGAAAUAUAUAUAUCCCUAUAUAUAUAUAUUCAUGUGCUACCAGCUGGCAGUGGCAGUUUUGAGUGCGGCAAGACGCGUCAAGUGAAAUCGAAUUAUAAACUAUAUUUUAGAUACACAAAAGAAAUCAAAUAAAACUUAUCGAAAAGCUAAGGAGACGGCAAAACGACAAAGAUGACGACCCAACAGUUGCUUAGCAAGAAUAUUCGCUCCAUGCCCUCAUGGGUGAACGAGGCCAAUGACCGCAUUGGACCAAAGCCACCGCCCACGCCCCCAAAUGGAGUGGCUGGGGGUCAAUCUAAGGCCCCUGCCCUGCCGCCCAAAUCGAAGAGCACUCCCGAACCGGAUUACGAGAUCAUAGAGUUCUCCAGCCAACAGUACUCCAACGAACCGAUGAAGACCACAGUGAUUAGGACCAAGACGCCAGAUAACAAACUGAAGUGCACCCUGUGUGGUUCCCAAAAUCCCUGGGUGACCUGUGCCGAAUGUGCGGGUCAGAUCUUCUGUGCCUCCUGCGACGACAUGUUCCAUAAGCAUCCCAAGCGAAAGCAGCACAUGCGAAAGGCCGUGGAGCAAGGCACACCACCGAUUCCCCCGAAGGUGCAGCCCGGUGGUGGGGCACCUCCCCCAGUGGCGCCUCCGCGGCGCAGCAAACGCGGCCUGCUGACACCGUUUCUGGGCCGCAAGGAUCAGAUGCUGCCGCCACCCUCGCCCACGCCCUCGCACAAGUCGCUGGGUGGCUGGCGGGGAGCGCUUGGGGGCGGGGCCACGCCCCCAGUGCCAUCAGUCGCCAGCAGCACAACGAGCAGCGUAAGCAACCAGAUGAACAACCGACCGCUUCCAGAACCACCGCGCAGCGAGGGCGGUGGAUCCUCCAGAUCGGGCACCCCCAAAUCCGUGUUCGACACCAUCCAGCGUCCGCCGUCGGUGCAGCUGGAGAAGAUCAAGAGCAAGGCGAGCGCCACCCUGGACCGCAUGGCCAUACUGCAGCAGCGGUACCGCCAGCAGAAGGCCCGGCAGGAUCUGAGCGCCAACAGCGAACAGCAUUUGUCGAAUGGAGCCGGCUUCGAGCACUGGUCAAACAUUUCACCAUCGCCCUCGCAUUUUCGUUCCGGCAGCAUGUCAUCCGGUUUGAACUCAUCCCAUUUCGACCUCUCGGAUGACUCACAAUUUCACAAUUCCUUGCUGCUCCAACAACGACAGGCGGCCGGCGCCCAGCGGCGUCAGAUGAGCACCUCGGUGUUUAACCUUAACACAAACCCACGUCGACCUUUGGCCGAAACGCAGAACGGCAGCGCCUGGCUCACCAAUCAGCGCAUCCAACAGGCCCAAUCGCUGGCUCAGCUAAACUGCGCUGGCUGUCAGCAGAGUCAACAGCAUCCUGGCUGGCCACAGAAUCCCCACCAGCACCACCAUUCGCAUCCCCAGCACCCCGACCAGUGGUCACAAUUUGGCUCCCAGCAGCAGUUCAACAACUCCAAUCUAUCACUAAACGUGGGACCCGGUUAUAUGUCACAACAACAGCAUCAUCCGCACUAUCCACCGCCGGUGUUUAUGACCCAGCGCGGAAUGAUGUAUCCCGGAGCACCCGGCUAUCCCAUGAUGCAUCCAGGUGUCAUGGGAAUGCCGCCCUCGGCUGCUUCGAGGGCUGCCUCCCGUUCCCGUUAUGCCGCAUCCCCGACGCCAAGUCGAAAAUCCAUGUCCCUGCGUCGGAAGCGCAACAGCUAUGUGGAUGACGAACUAACCGAUGACGAGGACUCCGACCAGGAUGACCGCAGGUCCUUGGUCUCCAACCGAUCGGGCAUGACCAGCGCCUCGCGAUCCCAGCAGCAUCAUCAGCCCCGUCAAAGGCGCAUCUCCAGUGCCUCACAGCUAAUUGGUGGCGAUGAAGUGGAUGGCGAUCAGAGAAUCAGGCAUCACAAGAUAAGGGAUCGCCGGGGAUCCAUUGCCAAGUCCGUGCAGAGCGAGUGGCUGCCGGAGAGAAGGGACAAUAACGAGGGAACCCUCACCAGAAAUAAGCCAUCAACCGAUUCGGCCCGAACCAGUCGCAUUUACUCCGAUUUGGAAUCAGAGGGUUCGGGUGCCCGUGCCCUGGUUCAAGCGAAAAUCCAGCAGAAGCUCCAGGAAGCCGAUCAGAACAGGACCUCAAAGAAGGUGGAACAAAAACGAAAACCGGAGAUGAAGGACGAGAACACCCAGGCUGCGGCGGUGGUGCAAAAAGUGGUGGAGCCAACGCCCCAAGAGGAGAGUGCCUCGGAGUACGAGGAAGUGGUGGAGGAGGUAACCGCCUCGGAGAGUGAGGCCGAGGCUCCAACUGAAGCACCCAAUGCCCAGGAGAUCCCCGAGGAGAUUGAGGCUGAUGAACUGGGACCACCACCUUCUACGCCCGACCACGAAUGGGAAUGCGAGUUUUGCACGUUUGUGAACGAGCCCAACAUCAAGAUCUGCUCCAUAUGCUGUAAGACACCCAGUAAGCCACCAGUUCAACCGAACAACGCCAAAAAGGUAGAGGAAAAACCACAACCUCCAGCUCAAGUUGGAAAAUCCAGUAAUAUCAAAGGAGGGGUGAAGCCAGAGGUCAAGCCAACUCAAAAGCCUGCUCCAAAAAGCCAGCAACCCAAUCAGAAAACAGCAAAUGCGUCCACCAAGACUACUACCACCACCACUAGUCCAAAGAUUCCCUCGACUGCAGCUAAUGGAGCCAAGAACACCUCCAGUAUUCCCGUCAAGACACCUGCAAAGCCAACACUGAAAACCUCGUCGGAGAACGAAUUCGAUAACUCGCUGGCCAAGAGCCUAUUGCACAAAGAGUCCGUUGAAAACAUUUGGAAUACGCUAGAUGAGAGCAUUCAGGCGCAGGCGGAGAAGGUGCUCAAGAAGGCCCAGAAGGUGUCCACGGGCUGUGGUGGGACUCCUCCCCGGGAAAUAGCGGCCGUGGAAAUGGGAACCUCGCCGCCGCCCCAGAGCAUUUCCACUCAAACCUACGACGCCCUGCCCUUCAACUCAAAAACGGAGGAGAUCCCAACGGUUGUACCAGAUCGUUUCAGAACCCCGGAGCCCAAUAAGAUGGAGCGACGUCCCCACUAUCGCAGCAACUCCCAGUUGCCGCAGGAAAAUGAACGAUACCGCAGUGCCAAUGACCUGAGGUAUCACGACGGCUUCGGUUUGGAUCCUUAUAGUGCCGGUCUCGUCACCAGAAGACCCAAUUUCAUAAACGAACUACGCAUGCUGCAACAUCAAAUCUCUUCACCCUUCGACCUACCCCACGAGUCGUUCGGCGUUAAGCACGAACCCGCCCGAGAUCCGGAAACGGAAAUGCACAUCAUACUCAAAGAGCUGGAGCUGUACAAGUUCACGGUGGAGGAGCUAGAGGCGGCUUUGAAGUACUGCUCCCCCGAGACGCAUCCCAUUCAGUGGCUGCGCGAGAACUGGCACAAACUAGUGCAAACGGUGCAGAGUUUGUCCACGAAGUAUGGUCAGGAGAGAGGUGAAAACACCAUUGGAACCGUAUCCCAGAACGAGGCACGCGAGGCUCUGCGCAAUUCGGGUGGCAAUGUGUGGCAGGCGGUGGCCGAUUGCAUUCAACAGCGACAGCAAAAGUACCGGAAACUGGCCUCCAAGGGGAACUUCCUGCGGGACGACAUCGUGAAUGCGCUGACCGCGCACCAAGGUAAUGUGGAGCAGGCGCUGGUGGAGCUCAAUCGCACGCAACUCAAGCCAUUUCUAAUGCGCAUCUGGGGCUCGCCGAAUGGCGUCGAGAAUGAGAGUGGCUCGACGGCCAUAGACACCAAGUCGGAUAUCCAUGACUUCUUGAACACUCAUGCUUUGGACUGCCUGCAACCUCAAUUAGUCGGAGAGAGUCCCAGUCCCGCCCAAGCCAAUCCCUUCGACCAACUUCGAACUGACGACAGCCCCGUGAAAUCCACAUAUGCCACUCCUAGUCCCUAUCAGAUGGAAGACAGCACGCUGAAGAACCUGGAGAUACUCAUCGGCAACAUGGAACAGAACCAAGCCAAGCAGAACCAGGAGGUCCUGCGAUCCAUAGAGACCAUGCUGGACACUUUCAAGGGCAAGCCGGAGCUGGAGUACGAAACGGAUCCCGAGAUAAUGCGUAUCCUUACAAAGAGCCCGAUUAGCACGAACCUGAAACCUGCUGGGUCCGUGGAGGAUAAGUCCAGCGAGGAUGUGAAGAACUUUGUGUGGCAGCACAUUCAGGAUAUUGUGCCCAAUCUGGUGCAACAGGUCGAGCAGGAGCUCAUGGAGAAACCUGAGGUAGAGGUAACAGUUGAGGAGCCAAAGAAGCCUGAACCUGAACCUCAGAAGGAUCCUGAACCUCAACCUCAACCUGAACUGGAGCCCACGCCCAGUGUUGAUCCUGGAGUGUACAUCAUGGAGGAAGUCAUCAAGCCUAAUCUGAGGGAAGCCAGCAUACGCGAAGAGAUUCCACAAAGUUUCAUUUAUGCCACUGAAAUAGCCAACUUCAAGUUGGAAUUUGAUCGAGGCACCGAACGAUGGCACGAGGCUGAGUGGGAAAGCAGUGAUCUUAAAGAUGCAGAACGUAUUGUAUACAAAAGCUACCUAGCUCCGAAGGAAACAGUUAAGGAGGAGGUUAAAAAUACAGAAAAUUUGAUUCCAGCUGCGAAAACUGAAGAAGAAUCUGCAUCAGAAAUCUCCAUCAAACCUCAAAAGACUGAAAACAUCGAAGUAUCAAAACCAGAAACUUCAACACCCCCAAUAGGUAAAAAUGAGAUCGUUAAUAAAGCACUUGCACAACACACACCAACAGAAACAUCAACACCUUCAAUUACCGAGAAAAACAUAAUUAAUGAAGAAACGGAAAAUAAUAAACAGAAAUCGAAUGAAAAUAAUUUGCAGACACAGAAGAGUUCAUCAGAAUCACAAGCACAAUUGGAUGACCAGCCAAGUACGAGUAGGGAGGCCAACCGAAGAAAUAAGAGGUCUCAGCAGCCGAAAAAAAGUAGACAGCGUGAGCAAAGUCAAAAACCUACUAACAGGGUAAAGCUACCAAGAGAUAUAGAAUCGAAAGAAAAUGGAACCAAAGUAGUACAAACAGCUUUGACAGAGAAAGAAGCAACUAAGGAAACUUCAGCAGAAACUCAGUCAAAUUCUAUUUCAACUGAUAUUCAACCAGUUGCAACUGAAACCGAUAUUGAAACUGUCAUAGACUCUAAAAACGAGACUGUAACCGAACAAAGUUUGUUUCCUCCAUCAAAGGAUGACAAUGAAAAUAAACCUUCCUUGGACCAGUCGGAAAAUCUACCGACAAAUGUCUUAAAAGAAAGUGCUGCAGAAGAAGUUUUGGAGCAAGUCGAAGAGGUUCAAGAAUCAGUUAGCCUGAAUGAAAUAAUUGAGCCCAUAACACUCACUAAAGAUGAAUCAAGUAUUCAAGAUGUUUCUCCACCCCUCAAUACCAUAACAUCAGAAAAGUCUGCAGAGUCUCAAGGGGAAGCCGAAUCAGUCAGCAUAACAGAAAUAACUGAAACCAACAUACAACCCCAAGAAGAAGCAAUACCUAAAGAUAUUAUGCUACCAACCAAUACAUCGGUAGAAGAAGAAUCAUUGAACGAAGUUAGUAAAAAAGAUACUAUCGCAUCUACAACCAUUAUUUCACCUUCGAUAACUGAAGCUCCAGCACCUGAAAACAUCGAUAUAGCGCCCAGUGCUUCAUCAAUAACCAACGAUCACAAGCGAAGUCCUAAACGGUUUUCAAAGAUACCCGUGAGAACCUUGAGCAGCAACAGUCUUCGAAGUGAGAGCAGGGCUAGCAAUCGAACUCCAACAGCAACUGAUGAAAUCGAAAGGGAAGAAACUACGAAGGAAGAAGAAAUUAUUCAGAGAAGAGACAGUCCUUCCAAACCUGAAGAUGGAAUUACCACGUCUGAUAAUCAAGUUAGCCAAGUGGAACAGUCUGAAAGAGAAGCUAACAUUGUUGAAGGAGCUGCAGUCCAACCUAUAAAUUUGGAACCCGAAGUGCAUACCCCAAGUGCAACAGCUAUAGCAGUUACUCCCACAGACUCCGACGAAGUGUUCGAAGAUGCUCCCGAGUUCAGCAGCAGUGAGGGAACCCGGCCUCACGAUGAAACCGCUUCGGAUACAGAGCUCUAUAGUCUGGAUAGCGAUGGUCAGCGGGCAGAAACCAAAUCACCGGAGAAUGAAGUUAUCCUUUUGCUGGACGAGGAAUCCCAGCUGGAAUCCUCCAUAGCCAAGUCCAGCAGCGAUGCUAGCAUUGGCUCCCAGUCAAGCCAUUCGGAAACAUCUAAAGUUGUGCUCAAGGAAUUCGUUCCUUCCGGAGAUCCGGCCAAGCAGAACCUCAGCGAAUUGGUAGAGGACACACAGCGGUUGAUCAAACAAAUGCGCGAUGAGAUCAGCAUGGAUGAGUUCGAGUCCACCGACGAGGAUGAAUACUCCGAUGAAUACUCGGAUGAGUAUGACGAGGGCGAAGAGGAGGAGUGGUACGACAGCGAGGGCGAGGAGGAGGGCGAUUUCGAUGGGGAGGAGGGCAACACCUACAAUGAACACCCUUCCUAUAUAGAGGAAGCAUCCACCGGUGACGACGAGGGCACCGAAAUCGAGGACAUAAUGGAGGAGGACGAGGAUCUGGCUGAUGAAGACGAGGCACAACCCACACAAAUCGCACAACACAUUGAACCAGUCAUAUCCAGUUCAGCUCUGUCAGUCACGCCCACAAAUCAAGAAAACGAUGCGAUCGCAACCACUGAGGUUGUUUCCUCCACAGGAAGGAGCCCGGAGAAUCCUGAAGUGGAGGUGAUCUUGCCUCUUCAGACAAGUCAAGAGGAUGAGGUAAAAGUGGAAGCUCUGCCCAUUCAAUCCCCUCCUAUAAUAACGGACUCGGAAACUCGACCUGCGGAACAACCUGUUGAACUUGUCCUGGAAGUUGAGCCUCUCCCAGAAGUUGAGCCUUCCCCAGAAGUUGAGCCAUCCAUUGAAGAACCAUCCGCCCUGCCCAUAACACCCGCACCACCCAUUGUUGAUUCCGAAUCCCAACCCGUGGAGCCGCCCGUCGAAACGGUACUGGAGGAGCCCAAAAAGGUAACAACGAGCACCAAGGGCAAAGCUGCAAGCAGCGGAACUGCCUCCAAAACGGCCAAGUCCACAGUCAGUAAGAUUCCCAAGCCCACCAAUGAACCCACCACUAACAGUUCGACUAGCUCACCCUUAAACAAGAAGGUUCCGCUGCGGUCCAAGUCCUUCUCGGCGCCCAUGGGCAUUUCGUCGGUGAAGAGAAUCCAGGAGGUCUACCUCCAGAAGCAGACCACAUCGAUUGCGGCCAGUCGAGUGCCGCUCAAGAGCAGUCCGACCACCAAGAAGUCCAUCAACGAAGCCAUCUCCAGGUUCAACUCAAAUCAGUCCGAUGGACCGAGCACCAGUGGAGCAGCGGCGGCGGCUGCAGCGGCAUUGUUGAAACCCCGUUCCCAGCCCCGAAUUCCGAAGAAGAAAUACCACGAGACCUGCUUCUCGGACGACGACUACGAGACCUCGGCCACCGAGGAGGAGGAGCCGGAGGAUCCCAACCAGGGCGAACCCCUAAAAGCAGAACUGCUAAAGCGUAAGCUGAGUAUGCCCGUUUUCCGGGCAUAUCCUAGUGUCCAAGAGCCGGUUAUUGAGGACCCAGCGAUCCUGGCCCGCAAAUAUGUCGAUCAGGAACUGGUGGCCAACAUCGCUGAAGCCCAGAUAGCCGCCACCUUGGUGAACAUGAAAUUCUCGGAGGAUGUAGCUCUAUGGGCGGCCAAGGAGUGCUCCGACCUGGACCAAGCCAUCGCCAUGCUGCAGCAGGAAUGUGAACUCUGCAUGAACAGUUUUCCCAUGAAUCAGAUCGUGUCCAUGCUGAAAUGCCUCCACAAGUGCUGCAAACAGUGUGCCAAGAGCUACUUCACAGUUCAGAUAACCGAUCGCAGUAUCAACGAUUGCAAUUGCCCCUUCUGCAAGCUUCCCGAACUGAGUAACGAGGCUGAGCAUGAGGACGAGCACCUGGAGUAUUUCUCCAACCUGGACAUCUUCCUAAAGAGCAUCCUGGACAAUGAUGUGCACGAACUGUUCCAGCGCAAGUUGCGCGAUCGCAGCCUGCUGCAGGAUCCCAACUUCAAGUGGUGCAUCCAGUGUUCCUCCGGAUUCUUCGCUCGGCCCAAGCAGAAGCGGCUGAUCUGUCCGGACUGCGGAUCCGUGACUUGUGCCCAGUGCCGGAAGCCCUGGGAGCGACAGCACGAGGGCAGCAGCUGCGAAGCUUACCUGGAGUGGAAGCGCGAAAAUGAUCCCGAGCUGCAGGCCCAGGGCGUUCAGGAGCAUUUGGCCCAGAACGGCAUCGAUUGCCCCAAGUGCAAGUUCCGCUACUCUUUGGCCAGGGGCGGUUGCAUGCAUUUCACCUGCACCCAGUGCAAAUUCGAGUUCUGCUACGGCUGUGCUCGGCCCUUCAUGAUGGGCGCCAAGUGCUCGGUGUCCUCGUACUGCGCCAAACUCGGUCUGCAUGCCCAUCAUCCGCGCAAUUGCUUGUUCUAUCUGAGGGACAAGAUCCCCAUGCAGCUGCAGUUCCUGCUCAAGGAGCAGAAGGUCAAGUUCGACACGGAGCCCGUGCAGCUGAAGGACGAGUCCAGCAGCUCGACAAAUGCCCGCGCCCAGGCCCGCUGUCCCAUUCCGCUGCAAAAGGAAACGCCGCAGGGUCUGGUCGAUACAGUGUGCAACACCGAAGUGCCCGACAAGCACGCUGGCAUGUGUCGCACCCACUACGUUGAGUAUUUAGCAGCCAAGGUGGCCAAGGCUGGCAUCGAUCCGCUGCCCAUCUUCGAUUUGACGGACUGCGUCCAGGAGCUGCGGAGGCGUGGCAUCGCCCUGCCCGAGCGAGGACCCUGGGACACCGAUGAGAUCUACAAGACCAUGUGCUCCGAGGUAAUCAAACAGCAUAUUCCACUGAAAUCGGCAUGAGCAGGAGCAAAAGGAGAAGUGAAGCUAUGAUGGUCGACUGUUGCAAUUCUUCAUUAAUUUUUAUGAUUUAUGGCAAGCACUUUUAUAGACAUUUUUAUACACCAACCUGCACACGAAACAAUUUUAAGUCUUAGACUGUUCGUUAGACAUUAUACAUUAGCCAUGGCAUGUAUACACCUUCAUCGACACCUACUCAUCGUCCAUCCAGAAGCCUUUCCCAUUUUGUUUAGUUACUAAGAGAUGGAAAACAACAGCCCAAAAAAACGGCACGUGGAACAGAGUGCAUUCAAUAAACCGAAUAUGU